CCCACACUUCCUUUAUCUCUCUCUCUCCCUACUCUCUGUUCACUCUCUCUCUCUCUAUCUCUCUCUGAGAAUGUCUACGACAACAAUCGGCGAGCACAUCAGACUCCGCCGAGCUAGGCACCAAACCAACCGUCACAACGCCGUCGACGAUGAUCCGCCGCUGACACACGUCGUCCCUCCAAUGUCCCAACCAAAUCGCUUCUGUAACUCCGCAAUGUCCUCCAACGAACCCACAAAGAAGAAACAGCUCGGUUUCCCUCAAGCUGCCUCCUUUCGUGGCAUGAACUGCACAGCCGCAGCAGCAGCUCAUGAGGUCUCUGUUCCCACCGUGAUUCGCUCCUCCGCUGAUUGGGAUGCGAGAGUUAGAAAGGAAAACAAGAAGAAGAAGAAGAAGAGGAACAAGAAGAAAGGAAGCUACGAGGAUGGUUCGGUUAGGUUCUUAAGUGAGACCAGAGACGUUGAUUGUGUCGCGGUUCCUGACGUUUGGUGCGGUCCAGGGAUAGGGUUCUCGACGGAUGCUGUGUCGGUGGAUCCUCCGAGAAGGAAUCUUGCGUCGUCGCGUCGUAAAAUUGACGUGGAGAAGAACGGUUCUAAUCAGACAGAGGGUUCUUCUGUUCUUACUAGGCGGUUUACCAAUCAAGAAUCUCAUUCUCACGCAUUAAUGAACUCUGAUUCGACGUUUAUGGCAUCCUCACACGUUGAACCAACGUUGUUCUCAAGUAGAUACCAAGGCCAUCUUCGGCGCCCUUACCCUGAUGAUCUUACCGAGAUGUUGAUGCUGCGGAAUGGUUUUGUAAUGGAGAGGACAACAGAUUCGCGUGAUCACUUCCACAACUUGAGGCUUGAUGUUGAUAACAUGUCAUACGAGCAACUACUAGAGCUUGGUGAUAGAAUUGGUUAUGUGAAUACUGGACUAAAAGAGACUGAGAUACGUAGUUGUCUUAGGAAAAUCAAUCCAUCUGUAUCAAACACUCUUCUUGCUGAUAGAAAAUGUAGCAUCUGUCAGGAUGAGUAUGAGAGAGAGUGUCAGGUUGGGAAAUUGGAGUGUGGACACAGCUUCCAUGUCCAAUGCGUGAAGCAGUGGUUAUCGAGGAAGAAUGCUUGUCCCGUCUGUAAGAUGACAGCAUUCGUCAAGCGUUGAGAGAUUUGUGUCUUGUUUAGUUUAUGAUGAUACCUUAAGGUCUUUCUUAAAAGCUGUAUAAAACCAAAUCAUCUGAUUCUUUAUUUCAUGCGUGUUGUUUUGUGAUUUAGCAGUCAGUUAUGUGUGUUUCUUGAUAUUGUUUUCCUUUGUCCUUUGUUGGAGUUUUCUUAUAUGAUUGAAAUACAAUUUAUAUAGUACUUGUAAGAACAAGAGUUUUGUGACCCUGAAGAUUCUGCAGCUUCUUAUUUCUUUUUAGUACAAUCAUCA